CUACUACCUUGGUUUACCUUGUUCGAAGUUCGGAGCUAAGCGAAAGAACGUGGUGUCACGCGUAAAGAUACAAUAAUUCUUUGAAAUCUCCGACAAAAAUGGCAAUGCACAUACCGAAGGCGCCCGGCGUGGCGCAAAUGCUUAAGGAUGGGGCUCGCUAUUUUUCGGGCCUGGAGGAAGCGGUCUACAGAAACAUUACAGCCUGUAAACAAUUUGCGGAUACUGUAAGAAGUGCAUAUGGUCCUAAUGGAAUGAAUAAGAUGAUCAUCAAUCACAUUGAAAAGCUGUUUGUAACUAAUGAUGCAGUAACAAUCGUCAAUGAGUUAGAAGUAGAACACCCAGCUGCUAAAUUAUUAGUUUUGGCAUCAAAGAUGCAGGAAGCUGAAGCGGGGGAUGGAACAAACUUUGUCAUUAUCUUUGCUGGAGAGUUGCUUCAUGCUGCAGAAGGAUUGCUUCGUCUGGGCAUUACAACUUCAGAGAUUAUUGAAGGUUAUGAGAACGUCUUGAACAAAGCGCUUGAAAUCUUACCAACCCUAAUUGUUCACGAAGUGAAAGAUGUACGAGAUGAAGAACAAGUGAAAAAAGGAAUCAAGAGCACUAUCAUGAGUAAACAGUAUGGAAACGAAGAUAUCCUCGCUUCCCUCGUUGUUAAGGCUUGCAUUUCUAUUUUGCCAGAGAAGACUACAUUCAACGUCGACAACGUGCGAGUUUGCAAGAUACUCGGGGGUGGUUUAAGCAACUCCCAAGUGAUGCAAGGCAUGGUAUUCAAGCGUCAAGUGGAGGGAGAUGUUACAAGAAAGGUCUGCGCGAAGAUUGCGGUUUAUACUUGUGCCGUUGAUAUUAUUCAAACCGAAACUAAAGGCACCGUGCUGAUUAAAACGGCUGAUGAGCUGUUGAAAUUUUCACGCGGCGAGGAAUCGCUAUUGGAAAACCAGAUUAAGGCGAUCGCCGAUAGCGGUGCCGAAGUGGUAGUAUCCGGCGGAAAAUUUGGUAACAUGGCGCUUCACUAUAUGAACAAAUAUAAUCUGAUGGCUGUUCGUAUUCCAAGCAAAUUCGACAUCAGGCGAUUAUGCAAGACCGUCAGUGCUACCGCACUCUCUAAGCUGGUGCCUCCUUCGAGAGAAGAGCUGGGAUACGCUGACACGGUGUACAUAGAUGAAUUAGGUGACACCAUAGUGGUAGUAUUUAAACUGGAGGGAAAAGAGAGCCGCGUCAGCACCGUACUUGUGCGUGGUUCGACCGAGAAUUAUAUGGACGACAUUGAGCGCGCGAUUGAUGAUGGUGUCAACACCUUCAAGGGUAUCACAAAAGACGGUAGAUUCGUCCCAGGUGCAGGCGCUACGGAAAUCGAGCUUGCCGCACAACUAGCGGCAUACGCAGACACGCUACCCGGUCUUGAGCAGUAUGCCGCGCGUAAAUUUGCUACUGCUUUAGAGAUAUUCCCGAAAACGUUGGCCGAGAGCAGUGGUGUACGCGCAUCUGAGCUUGUGUCGAAGCUUUAUGCUGCGCACAAGGAAGGAAAGAAGAACUAUGGUUUUAACAUUGAUAGUGAAAGUGCAGCUUUGGUUGAUACUAUCAAGGCAGGAAUCUUGGAUCUAUAUCUAACGAAGCAAUGGGCGAUCAAGUACGCAGUCGGUGCGGCGUGUGCGGUUCUUAAAGUGGAUCAAAUUAUUAUGGCAAAACGAGCAGGUGGUCCGAAAGUCCCGUCGGGAGGUGUUCGAAACGACGAAGAGGAUUAAUAGAGCACGAAUCAGCCACAUGAUUACAAAUUUUCACAUUUAAUUUAAAACAGCAUUAAACAUUAUUUGUGUUUCUGAGUUUUUGAGGACAUCAUUGAAAUAGAAUAAAUAAAAGUAAAUUCCAUGUCCGAGUUUAAAUCCGUUAAAGUUCGAUUAGAAGGGAAAGAAAUAUACUUUCAAUCGCACUCUUGUCCAUUUAUAGAAAAAAAAAAAAAAAAUGGAAAAUGAUUUCUACCAUUUUAUAUUUUUAUC